AUGAUGACUUCAAAUUUAAACUCGGAACCUGAAAAUCCGUCUGAAGCGCCUCAUGGUCUAGAUUCAAUGACGCUUGACUUGACACUCAAUAUCAGUUCGAGUGAAGGCGAUUUUAAGGGUUCAAGUGAUGCUAGCAGUGAAGUGGGAGAUGCUACUGAAGCUUAUGCUUUUCCAUCGGUAACUCCAAGGGUUUUUGCAUGUAAUUAUUGCAAGAGGAAGUUCUUUAGCUCGCAAGCAUUAGGAGGUCAUCAGAAUGCUCACAAAAGAGAGAGGACGAUGGCUAAACGCGCGAUGAGAAUGGGAAUGUUCACCGACAGGUAUACAAGUCUAGCAUCUCUUCCUCUUCAUGGUUCGCCUUUUCGGUCUCUUGGCGCUGAAGCUCAUGGUGCAAUGCAUCAAAGAACAUAUAUGCAGCCGACUUCGUCAGUGAGGGCUCCUGAUAUGAGAGCUGCUGCAAAAUUCAACAGAAACCAUUUCGGAUCAGUAGUUUUUGUGGAAGAUGAGGAUGUAGGUUUCUUUUGGCCUGGAAGUUUCAGACAGGUAGAUCAGGUAAAUUCUAGUUUUGCUCCAAUGGCACCUCCUCCACCACACACAUCUGCAUCUACAUCUACAUCUCCCGAUCUCACUUUGAAGCUAUAA